AUGAGGACCUCUUGCGCUCUGCUUGCAAUUGCAGCUUCCGCAGCUGCACUCCCUGGGGGACAUAAACCCAAACCGCAACCCGAUGCAGAUGGAAAAUAUACCCUCACAGCCCCGGGCAUCAGGGCUCAGUUCAUCCCUUAUGCUGCAACUCUUACAAACCUGUUUGUAAAAGACAAGAAUGGUGUUGAGACAGACAUCGUGCUCGGCUACGACAACACGUCUUACUAUCCCGUGGAUCCUGGUCACCCAGUAUACAACGCCAUUCCUGGACGCUAUGUCAACCGUAUCGGAAACGGCACUUACUCUAUUGAUGGUGUGACGUACCACACCGAGAAGAACGAUGGCCCGAACACCCUUCACAGCGGAACAAACAAUUGGUCUUUUAGAGUCUGGAACGUCACCGAUGUGACCAGCUCAUCAAUAACAUUCUCGAUCCAUGACCCAUCCAACUCUUCCCUUGGCAUGAUCGGAGACGUUGAUGCCAGUGUGACCUACUCCGUUUCGAAGAACAAGUGGAGCAUCGUGAUCGAUGCCAUCUCGCCACAAAAGAAGACACCCCUCAUGCUCACGCAGCACACUUACUUCCAGCUUGAUGCAUUCAAGAACCCAGCAAACAGGACUAUCUGGAACCACACUCUGUAUGCGCCUGCCGCAAAGCGCGCAUUGGUGGCCGAUCAGAACGCAUUGCCCACUGGUGAGAUUGCGAACAUCACCAAAAACAGCAUCGACGACUUCUGGACUGCGCCUCACAAGCUGGGCUUCAAGUCCAGCGAUCCCGGUUUCGAGAACCACUGCGGUAACGGCUGCCACGGGUACAACGGCGCCUUGGCCUUUGACAACAAGAGGAACAAGAAGGAUGUUGCACUCACUCUCAGCAGCGCGUUCAGCGGCAUCAAGGCUGAGCUCACUACCGACCAGGACGCGGUGGUGCUGUACACCUGCAACUGGAACGAUGGAAAGACUGAGUUCAAAAGUACGCAGGGCGUGGCGGGCCAAGACAAGUUCAUCCCGCGCGAUGGGUGCAUUGCCAUUGAGGCCCAAGACUACGUUGAUGGAAUUAACCAUCCUGAGUGGGGACGUCUCGAUGAGCAGAUCACUGGACCUGGGGACAAAUACCAUUGGGCAUCGUCGUGGGAAUUUGGCACUAUCUAG